UUUGUACCGGUUCCGAGCUGAUACACGUUUAAUAAUAACACAUACAUAGCGGCAUCACGCGCAACCGAUUGUGUAUAGUACAAGUGAACAUUUUUAAAAAGUUUAAAUAAUGGUCUUAACACUGUAUAAGUUGGACGCAAGUCCGCCGGCGCGUGCAGUUACGAUGGUCAUUGAAGCUGCCAACAUUCCUAACGUUGAAUAUGUGGAUGUUAAUUUCCUUGAAAAAGAACAUCUCAAAGAUAAUUUCUUAAAGAUGAAUCCUCAACACACAGUGCCGACUUUGCAAGAUGAUGAUUUUUAUGUUUGGGACAGUCACGCAAUUGCUGUAUAUUUGCUAACAAAAUACAGCAAAAACACAACACUUUACCCAUCGGACCCCAAGCAGCGAGCGAUUAUAGACCAGAGACUGCACUUUGAUAGUGGAAUACUCUUCCCGAGCUUACGCGGUGCUAUCGAACCAGUCGUUUACAGAGGUGCAAAAGCUAUUAAGCCUGAAGCAUUGGAAAAAAUUAAAUCCGGAUACGAUUUCUCUGAGAAAUUCCUAACAAAACGUUGGUUCGCUGGCGACGAAUUAACUUUAGCUGACAUUUUCUUCAUGGCCUCGAUUAGCUCUUUGAAUGAAAUACUACCGAUCGACGCGGCGGCAUAUCCUAAACUCACUGAAUGGUUGAAUCGCUGCAAAGAGUUAGAUUAUUACAAGAAAAUGAAUGAACCAGGAUCAAUACAACUUGGAAAUUUAGUUAAGAGUAAACUUGGUUCUCACAUCGUCAGUGGCAUCACACGAACGACAGCGUCUUUUCAAUUGAACAAUUUAAAAAAAAGAAUCAUGGUCUUAAAACUGUAUAAGAUGGACGCGAGUACGCCGGCGCGGGCUCUCAUGAUGACCAUAGAGGCUGCCAAAAUUCCUAACAUAGAAUUUAUCGAAGUCAAUUUAGCAGAAGGAGAACAUCUUAAUGACGAGUUCGUAAAGAUGAAUCCACAACACACUGUACCGACGUUGCAGGAUGAUGAUUUUUACCUUUGGGACAGUCACGCAAUUGCUGUAUAUUUGCUAACGAAAUACAGCAAUAACACAACACUUUAUCCUUCGGACCCCAAGAAACGUGCGAUCAUUGACCAGAGACUAUACUUCGACUGUGGUAUACUCUUUACCAGCCUACGUGGAGCUGUCGAACCAAUCGUUUACAAAAAUGAAGGGGCAUUUAGGCCUGAAGAUUUGGAAAAAAUGAGAUCUGCAUAUGAUCUCUCUGAAAAAUUCCUGACAAAACGUUGGGUCGCUGGCGACGAAUUCAGUCUAGCCGACAUUUUCUUCAUGGCCUCGAUUGGCACUAUGGAAGAGUUACUACCGAUCGACCCUACGACAUAUCCCAGAAUAACUGAAUGGUUGAAUCGCUGUAAGGAGUUGGAUUAUUACAAGAAAAAGAAUGUGCCGGGACUUAAAAAACUUGUAGAUAUAAUCAAGAGUAGACUUGCGUAAAAAAAAUCAACAUUUUCAACGUGCAAUUUUUAUGGAUAUUAUUAAAUGUUUAUA